UGUAGUGUUUCUCUAAUUGAUCGCUACCCAAUCAACAAUAACUCGUUAGCAGUUGCGUGCUAUUAUUGUUCCCUGAGACCAGUUUUCCCUUGGAGAAAAUCCGCUCCUGCACAGUGUCGUUACCUCCUAAAGACAGAGAUGCAGCUCAGAACAGCCUCGUUUCCUUUCGUGAAAGAAUACAUUUGUACAGUCUGAAGCCGCCGCCCACGUUGUGAAGCAUGACUACUUUGGAGAAGCGUAUGUGUAAAGAGAAGUUUUAAGCUUCGGUGCAAGGAGCAACGAGAAGGACAACACAACGCAUAACAGCCACAAGACUUCCCGAAAAGUGAUUUUAAUGGAAAAAGGAAUCUACCAAUAGUAGAAUUUAUUUUUUGUGGAACUGCAAUGACCUCCACCCGAAACAUGAAGAUAUGCUCAGUGUUGCAACCUAACGAGGAAAGGAGAAGAGAGGCUUUGGAUCAACUUCCUCCGCCGGCCAAUUCCAACAAACCGCUCACCCCUUUCAGUAUUGAGGAUAUUUUAAACAAGCCUUCGAUAAAGAAAUCCGCAGCUGCCCUUUGUCCCCCGCGGGUUCUGGAGAAAGUGACCGUCUCCAGCACUGCAAGAAAUUGUAUUACCUCUCCGUCCUCACCGCUCUGCGCUUUGGAGGAACUAGCCAGCAAAACUUUUAAAGGCCUGGAGGUCAGCGUAAUCCAAGCGGCAGAAGGUCGUGAGUAUGUGAAUGGGUUUGGCCAGAGACAUGCCUCGAAAAAGAGAAGAAAGUCCCGCACAGCAUUCACUAACCAUCAAAUCUACGAACUUGAGAAGCGCUUUUUAUACCAAAAGUACUUGUCCCCAGCAGACAGAGACCAGAUAGCGCAGCAGUUGGGUCUCACAAAUGCCCAGGUCAUAACGUGGUUCCAGAACAGACGGGCCAAGCUCAAAAGAGACUUGGAAGAGAUGAAAGCGGACGUCGAAUCGCUCAAGAAAAUUCCCCCACAGGCUCUCCAGAAUCUGGUUACCAUGGAAGACCUUGAGGACACGAAAGGAAACUCCGAGGCCAUGUCUCCCAGUAUUUCUCCGUCUUCACAAGGAGGUGUCUUCUCUCAGUCCCCGUCUUCGUCCAGAGACCAAACAACGGACGAGUUUUCUGAAGAAGACGAAGAAAUUGAAGUGGACGUUUGAAAAAAAAAAGGACAAACACGUUUUAAACUAUGACUUGUUGUCUGUUUCAAAAACUGCACGGACAUGGCUUCUUUUGGUAACUUAAUAUAAAGCAAGGAUUCUUUGAAUUUGUAUUUAUUUAAUGGAUUGCAAAUAAAGCAACCUUGUUUCCUAUUAAAGCCGGAAAGAGCUCGAGGCAUGCAUUUAAUUAAAGAUGCUUCUAACAGUUGUCUAUGGAAUACAGGUGGAAACAGUUGCCCAACCGAACAUUGCGCCUUUGUGGUUCAUCACAUGAUCAAGAUUGCAAAGUGUAUACUUAUUACUUAAGUUUAUUUCAAUAUCUUCCUGAGGAGAAUAGAGCAAUUAGUAUUUUUGAUACACCGCUAAAUAAUGCACUAGUUGCUUUUGUAGCUGCUACCGAAACAAAAAUCUACCAGUUGCCAAAUGGGUAUUCUACACUGUCGUUCGCAGAAUCACAUGGUUGGAGGACAAGGGCACUUUUUAAAUAAAUUAUCCAAAUGACGAAGUGUCUGCGUAAUUUGGAAUUUUAAGUGUCCGUUUUAAGUUCAGACUUGUCUGUUUUUACCGCUAGCGAUUGCUUUGCCCGUAUGGAGUUUGUCCAAAUAAAUAUA